AUGUCUACCUACAAAGGCCAAACACCGGCAUCCGUCCCGGUCGACCCCCGCAUCGUCUCUUUCUUCGAGAAUUUCUAUGCUUUGUCUGACAACCCCACGACGCACGAGGAGUAUGUCCAAACUUUGACUGCAGAUGCAGACUACAUAAUGGGCACCAAGAAGGUCAAAGGGCGCGACGACAUCCUGACAGCGCGUAAGGGAUUGUGGUCAGGCCCGGUGAAAACACGGAAGCACAAAUUGGAGAAGAUCUUCCCGUUUGGCAAAGACAGCAACGAGGUCAUGGUGUACGGCAGUGUGGAUUACGGGCUGAAGAAUGGAAAGGAGGUCUCGGUCGAGUGGGCUGGCAGGGCAAUUUUCGUUGAAGAACAAGGGACCCUGAAGAUGUCAUUUUACCAGGUCUAUUUGGACUCGUCGCCUGUGGCGGCCGCGGCAAAGGACUAG